AUGGCGGAAGCCAUUAAUGACCAAACGCUAAGCAUCGAAGAAGAAGCAUUUGGUACAACUGAUGGAAACCCACAUGAAGAAUGGCUUCAUUCGAUCUUGAAAGCUAAGUCUCCACCUUCUUGUUCAACCCAAAUUCACAGAGUUCCAAUGAUCCUAAGAGAGCACAAGGAUCACGACAAGUAUUACGUGCCAAAGGUCGUCUCUCUUGGUCCAUACCACCAUGGCAACCCGAACCUCGAGUCGGUUCAGAACUUCAAACCUCUCUUUACAAACGAGCUCGUCUCUGGGAACCAGGAGUCGCUUCAGAGUUUGUACAACAAGCUUGAAGAAAUGGUUCAGACGUUGAGAGGGUAUUAUGAAGAAGAUGAAGAUGAUCGUUUCUCGGAUGAAGAAUUCACAAAGAUGAUGAUGUUAGAUGGUUGUUUCAUUUUGUACUUCAUUGAGCACAUCUUUUUGAACAAUGACACUUUAGGGUUGAAAGGCCACCAGAUUAUGUUCGUCCAACAAGAUUUGUUUUUGCUGGAAAACCAAAUCCCAUAUCCAGUUCUAACCGAAGUGAUGAAGUUCGUACCAGACAAGAUGUGGGAUUUCAAGAUCAAAAGGUUCAUUGAUGACAACAUUUUGGCGACCGAAAGACACAGAAGAGGAGGCCAAGCAAAUUACGCUAAAGCGAACAAUCCAAUUCCCGCCACCAUUAAUCAUCUUCUCGAGCUUCUGCAAACUAGGGUUACACGAGAGAAAUCUUUAGGCCCAAGAGCAAACGAUAGGUACACUUUUCGUAAUGUCAAUGAGCUUAUAGAAGUAGGGAUUCAUUUCAAACCAAGUGUAACCAGAUCUCUGGCACAUAUCGAGUUUUCUAAACAUGGGUUUUUCGCAAACCUGCAACUUCCUCCCAUCACCAUCGACGAUGCAACAAAACCAAUGUUGUUAAACUUGGUGGCCUACGAGAUGUGCUCAAAUGACGCAAAAGCUUCGUGGGUCACCUCUUACAUAUGUCUUAUGGAUUCCCUGAUCGAUCAUUCUGAGGACGUUAAGGUUCUUCGAAAAGCUGGGGUUCUCGACAACCGGCUUGGGAGUGACAAAGAAGUGGCGAAACUGUUCAACGAAAUCGGAACCGAUCUGGUGCCCAACAAUUUUGCGUAUUCGGAGGCAAGAUUUGCGAUUCAGAAGCAUUAUGACAGUAAGAGGAACACAUGGAUCAGCCAACUGAAGCAUGAGUAUAUGAAGAGUCCUUGGGCAUUUGUAGCACUUUUCGUCGGAGUUGUGGGUCUGUUUCUUAGUGGUGUCCAAGCUUACUUCAGUGUUUGGGGUCUCCGAAGUGAUUGCGACUAUGUUUGCAAGGCUUUGAAGGAGAGGCAUAACCUAUGAUAUGAGUAGGGUUUCAUCAUCUGCUCCUUGGCAUCUCUGUCAAAUAUCUACUUGAACAAUAUUUUUGGGU